UUGUUCUUCACUGGUUGUUAUUCUAUCUAUCUCUCUGGGUGCGGCGUCUGUCUCCAUGGUAAAUAAACAUGGCGGUGUCUGGAAAACAUCCAAUUUUGUCUUCCACACCACUGCAGGUCCUGUUCUACCUCAACAGCUGGUAUUUUGCUGCCUACUUCCUUGCUGAGGUUCUGAUGUUUGUUUACAAAGGAUUGUUGUUACCAUACCCACUAGCAAGUCUCACGUUGGAUGUUGGGCUACUACUUGUUUUCCUGGGCCUUGAGUCCCUCCGAAUAUUUUACGGUUGGAAGGGGAACUUAACAGAGCGUUCUCUGGCCAUGUCAGUGAGUGUGCUCGUCCUGGUGCCGUGCACAGUGCUGUCUGUGUACUACCUGAUGCUGCAGACCUUCGUCCUGCGCCUGGAGUUCAUCCUUAAUGCUGUGUUACUCUGCUUCUACAGUCUGGAGAUGCUGCUAGGAAUCAUGUCCAUAUCUGCUUUCUCCAGGUCAAAGGUGUACUGAGGAAGAGGAAUGCUGCAAUGUUCCACAUCGUUUAAAGAGGAAUGAAGAAAACGUUUUCACCAGGAUUGUUAUGUGAACAUAUUUAAAUCCCACAUGUUGUAGUUUUUAUAUUGUCUGUUAAUAGCCGAAAUAUUUAUAUUUUUGUAACGAUGAAAUGUCAUCUAUUUUAUUAUUAUUAUUUUUUAACCUGUUUUUGUAUCAACUGUCAAUCUUGUAUGGUACUAGCAGCACCAAUGGGAUUGUCUUAUGAGGUUAUUCCAUCUGCUGUGCCUGAUAAUGGAAUGUAUUUGGACAAUUGUUGUUGUUGUUGAUUCAGAGCACUAUAUUUCAUUAUUUACUUUAAUAAAUACAAUUCCUCAUUCA